AUUCGAUUUGUGGAUCUCUUUAAGGCUAUUUUAAUUUGCAAGGACAAUGGCAACGACUUGUCUAUAGCGCCUUGCACAGCCUUACUGAUGCGUGCUUGUUCUAUUUAACACCGUUCCUUUAAGCACUUCAACGUCAUACCACACGCACGUGCAGCAACGACCGCCGAAAAAGGUUUGAUAAGUGUGGCUCCUCUCUUCUUAGACAAACCCUUGAAGGUGUCAAAAGCAGAAUGCGGGUCCCAUUUGAUAUCCUACGCAUUAUUUUAUGGGAGAUGGUCGAUAUCUUCCCUGUCCAAGACCUGCUGAGAGCGAGACUAGUAGAUUCUAUAUUUGCGAGUGAAAUCCCCUUACUUAUACUAAAAAGUCCUCGCCUUGCGGACAACAAUCUUAUCUACUCCCACUGGUCGCGAUUCCCGUACAAGCACCGCUUCCUUAGACAGAGGAUCCACCAACACCACCAAUACCCCUGUGUUUUCUCAAAAUUCGUCCAUGAAAUCCUCCAGAUGCCUUCUAUCUCCCAUCUAACGGAACAAGAAAAAGACGUCCUAAUCACCAAAUUAAUCGAUGCCAUCACCUGGUCCUGCCACACACCCUGGAGCCUCUUCAGCCCCCGGGGUCUCAAAUCACUUACAGAAGGUUACGGCAACGAAUGGUCACUGUUACGCGAUAUGGAAACAGAAUCUCUUGAAAAGACUCUCCAUGUGGCACUAAUAACCAUCGCAAUUAUCCGUAACGAUGUGGCAGAGCUAAACCGCGUACUUGAUCAGAAUAACACUCCAGCAAUGCCAGCAGUACCCAACUUUGUCUUUGAAGGUAGUACUCGCUUUGGUAUUAACCUUAUCGACAUCACCGCAAGAAUCGGGAGCAGGGAUCUAAUCUCAGCCCUUGCCGCGCGCGACUCCCCAAUGGUGUCUUCUAGCUGGGUAUAUUUGAGUUAUCAUAAUCGGAGGCCGUGGAUUAUUGCAGCUCGUUGUGCAAAUAGGGCCUUCUUUGAGGCUUUGUUGGAGUAUGCAAAGAAUCAGAGGGGGUACAAUUCCCAGGUCCCACUUAACACGGCGCUGCGGGGCGCGAUUCGGGCCCGCAAUAUGGAUAUGAUGGAGUAUCUAGAAUCAAUCUGUGAAGCCCCGGUCGCGUUUCCUGCCAUGCUUCGCGACGCUAUAGGGACUGGGGAUGCGGAGAUCGUCCGGUGGUGUUUACGACAGAAGGACUGCCACGUGCACGGUUCGGGACCAUACAAAGGCCCGCUAUGGGUCGCGCUACAUGAUUGCCCCAGGGCGACGAGGCCGGCCAUUCUUAAAAUGCUUCUAGAACAUGGCUUUGAUCCGAAUGACAUUGAUCCUGGGAACCGGGAGAAUCCACUUCAGUACGCGAUUAGGACCCAGGAUGUUGAAUCUGUGAGGCACCUUGUGCAGCAUGGGGCUGAUGUGAACGUGGACUCUUCGACAUCAGCCUGGACCGAGAAACAGAGGUCACCAUUGGCUUUGGCAGUGUUUAAAUCCUUUGAUAUUAUGCAGCUGCUCUUACAGAAUGGGGUGAUCAGAAGAUGGUCAUGGAGGGGGAAAGAGCAUGUUUUAAAAAUUGAUACUAAGGCUGUUCAUCACAUAGAGGGUGUCUUUAAGGAAUUGGGCUUUGACGAACUGGGAGUACAAGAGAAAUACGUCGGGCAUUAUAUUAUAGUGAAUGGGUGAUGCGUUGGUAUAUGGUCUAUACCCUAGUACCUG